AUGGAUCGCUUGAGGCGCACAUUAAGUUUUCGAAAAAAGAAAACAACAAAAGCAAAUUCAACCGAAAAUAAACCUCAACAAUGGCAAGAAGAUGAAAAACACGUACGAAUUGGUGCAUGUAGUUUUAAUGUUAAAUACUUGGGUAGUGUUGAAGUACAAGAGUCAAGAGGCAUGCACGUUUGUGAACAAGCAAUUCAAGCACUUUUGAAUCAAAAAUCAAAACAUAUUCGAGCUGUGCUACAUAUCUCAGGAGAUGCACUUCGUGUAUCAUCAAUUGAUGAAACAAAUAAAGGUUUGAUUGUUGACCAAACAAUCGAAAAAGUGUCAUUUUGUGCCCCUGAUCGUCAUCAUGAUAAAGGUUUUGCUUAUAUCAAUAGAGAUGGCACCUCUAGACGAUGGUUAUGUCAUGGAUUUUUAGCCAUUAAAGAUACUGGUGAACGUUUGAGUCAUGCUGUUGGAUGUGCAUUUCAAAUAUGUUUGGAAAGAAAACAAAAACGUGAUCGUGAAUGUGGUGUCACUGUCGAAUUUAAUCAUGAUGGUACAUCAUUUACACGUUAUGGUUCAUUUCGCUCAACUUCAUUAACAGAACGUAUUAUUGAUCCACAAAGUGCUAUUAUUGCCGAGCCAGUUCCAUUAUCGCCACUAUCGAAUAAUUCAAAUUCCUUGCGUCGUGGUCCAACCGAGAGACCAAGACCAAAAGGCGAUAAUGAUGCAUUUACACGUAGUGCAUCCUUACGAUUAGGCGAACUAAAUCAACCAUCAUUCAAACGUCAGACAUCACUAAGGCCAGGUGAUUUACCAUCGACACAUGAAGCAAAAGUAAAAGAUUUCACAACGAAUAAAAUAAAUCAAAAUAGCAUACCAGAAGAAAUUGAACCUAGUCCAACAAACGAUUUGGCAAAGUUAUCUCUUAUGGAAACGACUAAUCUAAAUGGAUACUCAUAUUCAGAUUCUACCACAAAGCAGCAACAAAAUUUUUUUAAACCUUCUUCACCAACAGUUGUACAGCAUCCAUCUUACACUAAUGUUACGAAUGAAAACGCUCAACAACAAACAAAUUCGUCGAAUCUAAAUCAUAAUGGCCUAAUGUAUUAUCCACUCUCAUCAACAUCAUCGUCUUUACCGUCACAGCAACAACAACAGACUCCACAUUCAAAUCGUUUAAUAAAUGACGCUGUCGAUACAAAUUUGACUGAACUUGUUUUAAGUUCUAAUCCAAUUAAUCCAUUUUCACCGUACGGUUACUACGUCGCACAACAACAACAACAACAACAAAAUAUCGCUGCACCAACAUCACCCAAUGUUUCAUCGCAUCAUCACAAUCAUAAUUCUGUAAUAUUUUCUCCAAAACGUUCAACAAAUCCCUUUGACGAAGAUUUAAUACACCGUUAA